AUGAGCAAACCACCAACAAACUGCCAAAACAAAGCAAACCAUCAACCAACAGGCAAAACAAGCAAACCACCAACAAACAGGCAAAUCAAGCAAACCACCAACCAACAGCCAAACAAGCAAACCACCAACCAACAGCCAAAACAAGCAAACCACCAACCAACAGCCAAAACAAGCAAACCACCAACAAACAGGCAAAUCAAGCAAACCACCAACCAACAGCCAAAACAAGCAAACCACCAACCAACAGCCAAAACAAACAAACCACCAGCCAAAACAAGCAAACCACCAACAAACAGCCAAAACAAGCAAACCACCAACCAACAGCCAAAACAAACAAAACCACCAGCCAAAACAAGCAAACUACCAACAAACAGCCAAAACAAGCAAACCACCAACAAACAGGCAAAACAAACAAACCACCAGCCAAAACAAGCAAACCACCAACAAACAGCCAAAACAAGCAAACCACCAACAAACAGGCAAAACAAACAAACCACCAGCCAAAACAAGCAAACCACCAACAAACAGCCAAAACAAAGCCAACUGCCGACCAACACAAAGCAAACAGCCAAAACAAAGCAAGCCCACAACCAACAGCCAAAACAAAGCAAACCACAAACCCACAGCCAAAACAAAGCAACUGCUAAGUGCUUACCAACAUCCAAAACAAAGCAAACCACAAACCCACAGCCAAAACAAAGUAAGCCCACAACCAACAGCCAAAACAAAGCAAACCACAAACCAACAGCCAAUACAAAGCAACUGCUUACCAACAGCCAAAACAAAGCAAACCGCUUAUCAACAGCAAAAAAAAAGCAAACCACUUACCAACAGCCAAAACAAAGCAAACUGCUUACCAACAGCCAAAAUGAGCAAACCACCAACAAACUGCCAAAACAAAGCAAACCAUCAACCAACAGCCAAAACAAGCAAACCACCAACAAACAGGCAAAUCAAGCAAACCACCAACCAACAGCCAAACAAGCAAACCACCAACCAACAGCCAAAACAAGCAAACCACCAACCAACAGCCAAAACAAGCAAACCACCAACCAACAGCCAAAACAAGCAAACCACCAACCAACAGCCAAAACAAGCAAACCACCAACCAACAGCCAAAACAAGCAAACCACCAACAAACAGCCAAAACAAGCAAACCACCAACCAACAGCCAAAACAAACAAACCACCAACAAACAGGCAAAUCAAGCAAACCACCAACCAACAGCCAAAACAAGCAAACCACAAACCAACAGCCAAAACAAACAAACCACCAGCCAAAACAAGCAAACCACCAACAAACAGCCAAAACAAGCAAACCACCAACAAACAGGCAAAACAAACAAACCACCAGCCAAAACAAGCAAACCACCAACAAACAGCCAAAACAAACAAACCACCAGCCAAAACAAGCAAACCACCAACAAACAGCCAAAACAAGCAAACCACCAACAAACAGGCAAAACAAACAAACCACCAGCCAAAACAAGCAAACCACCAACAAACAGCCAAAACAAGCAAACCACCAACAAACAGCCAAAACAAAGCCAACUGCCGACCAACACAAAGCAAACAGGUAACCAGCAGCUAA